AUGUAAAUAAUAAUUUAAAAAAAAGCUUUAAUAGUAAUAGCAUUCUAAGUUAAAUGCUGCAAAAAGAUAAUAACUAAAUACUUAACUAUCAGAAAUAAAUAAUCACAAAUAUAAACGUAUCUAUAGAUUUAAAUGAGCUAAGGAAAGGUAAGAGUAUGUUUUCUGAUGAUAAACAAAUAGUAAUUAAUGUAGGUUAGAAUGUAUUUUACUUUUAUGAUAGUGUCUUAGGUAACUUAAAUCACUUGUACAACUUUGAUGGUAACAUAGUGGAUUUUGUCGUCACAGGUCAAAAUCUAUUAAUACUUAGCUCGAAUUAAAUAUUAAACUAUAACAUCUUAAAAUAUUCAAUUUAACUAAUCAGUCAAUAUGACUUGUCAUUCAAUCAAGCUAGCUUUAACUCUAUAGUAAGUAUAUAAAAUUCUAUUUAUUUAUACAAUCCUACUCAAGUAGUGCUAAUAAAAUUAGACUUCCUGCAAAUGCAGUAACAAAGCUAGAUAAUAUACUCCUAGUUAACCAUAUAGAGCACUAUUCUUUUAGUUUUAUUUAAUAAAAUUUAUUUAUAAAAUGAUGAAAAUGAUAUGUAAAUUUUUACUAUUUUAGAUCAAAGUUUGUAAGUCAUCAAUAAAUUUGAUUUUACAUAAUACUUUCUUCUAUUUAGCUCGGAUAGUGGUUAAGCUAUUCUUGUUUAUGAUGGAAUUAACUCUACUAUUUAUGACUCAAAUUUAUUAUAACCUAUUUGCUAAAGCUUUGCUUUCAAUUAUGAUCCUAUUUUACUGUUAUAUGCAUAAAAGUAAAUUAUAGUAAUGUAAAAUAGUAAGAUAAGUAUAUUCAAUUUGGAUUUAAUGUAAGUAAUUAAAUAAUUACAAAAUUCUUAUUUUUUAAAUUUAGAAAAAUUCUAUUACAAUAACAUAUUAUAAAAGCUCAUCAUUAAAUAAAAGAAUAAUAAAGUAAAUUCAAUUUCUAGUGUUAAUCUUAACUCUGGAUAAGUAGAAUAAGUCAUAAACUUAGACAGCCAAGUAAAUAAAAAUUAUCUAUCUUUUUAAUUUUAAUAUCUUUAAAAAUUAAUUUAAAUAGGAAUUAGUUAUCAUUUUAAAUGAUAUGAAAACAAAUACUUUUUACUCUAUAACACCAAAUGGAUUAAAUAAAAUUAGCUUGUUUGUAGAAAAAUAUGAUUUUUAUUAAAUCACCUUUGAUGAUAAUGAAUAUCCAUACUGUGAUUUCGAUAUGGAUAGAAAUACCAUGUAUUUAAUGGCUUAUUACUGCAUAAUUAGAAACUAAUACUUUAUUUAAAUUAUUAAUAUCCUAAAUAACUCUAUUUAGUUAAACUAUAGUGAAACUGGAUAUGAUUACUAUGAUUUAACAAUCAUACCCUUGAUCAAUAUUAAUUCGAUUGCUGUAAUCAAAAAAAUUGGGUUUAAAAUCGUUGAUUUAACCUUAUAAAUUUCUAUUUUUGAUUUGAACUUCUCAACUAAAAAUUAAUCUUAUUUAAAGUUUAAUUUUUUUCAUUAUCUUGAAGAUACUAAACAAAUAAUUUACAGCUAUGAUAACACAGUUGAGGUACAUUAAUAUAAUAGUUCUGGGUUCAAUAAAGUUUGUUAAUUUUCUUGUGAUGCGAGCUAAGUAUUUACUGAUUUUAUUAAUAUAUAAAAAUAAGAAGACAUAAUCUAUCUGCUUUCUAAAUCUACAUAAGUUGAAAUAUUCAUUCCGUUAAUAUAGAUAAUUUAUUAAUUUAAUAUAGCAAGCUGUGCUCUCAAAAAUAGUGGAUAGCUUUUCAAAAGCGAUAAUCCUUUUUUAUUUUAUCAAGACUAAUAAUUAGAAAAUCUUAGUUAACAAAUAAUUCUUUAUACAUAAUCUUAAAUUUUAGCUGUAAGCUUUUCUGGAUAAGGAUUCUCUUAAUCAGUCUACUAGUAUUCCUCUAUUUUUGUUGGCAAAGAUGUAUUUUACUUACUUUACAAUGAUGUAUUAGUAAAUUAUUCAAGAUUGUAAGAUAAAUUAGGUGAUUAAUUAACAUCAAUAGUUUUACAUUCUGUUCCUCUCUACGUCAGAUAAUCAGAAGAUAAAAUUUACAUAAUUUCUUCAAGCAUGAUAGAAGUAUAUGAUACUGUUCUUAAAAAGGGUUUACUACAAAUAAAAUCUUCUUUUUAGAUUCAAAAUGUUUUUACUUUAGCGGACUAAUCUUCAAUUCUUUUAAUUUCUCCUUUUAUUGAUUUUGCUAUUUUUGAUAUAAACACUUAAGCAUUCGUAUAGUAGCUUAAGUUUUCCUCAAUACAACAAAUACCUACUAGCAUAAAGUAUUUUUCCUCUAUAAAUGUUUUAAUUAUCAUUUGUUAAAAUGUAAUGUACCAAAUAGAUUUAAAUUACAUAUUUGAUUUUCAAAAGAGUGUUUAGAUGUAGAAUUUUUAUACAAUUAUUGCUGAAUAGCCUCAAUAAAUUUACUCCUAAAUCAAUAGCAUCUAGCAUGUUAGCAUAUAUCUUUUUGAUACUAAGUAAAUUCUAUGGUGGUUUAAUUAAUAAAAUAAAUUUUAGAUUAUUGCAACUUUUUAUGGAGAGAACUUGGUUCAAUAUUUAAUGAAUGGAGAAUCAAAUAGUAUUUUACUUGGACUAAGAUCUUAUUUUGCCUUCAUUUAUAAUAACAAUCAAUAAACUCUAAUGAGAAAUGAAUCACUAUCGGGUAUUGAUAUCUUAUGCCAAAAUAGAUACUUUGUGCUUCAAGAAUAAAGGAAGAAUAUCUACGAGAUAGUAGCUAAUUCAAGCACAUUUAAUAGUUAGCUAUAUUAUUCCAUUGAUCAAAAUGAUGACACAACUAUAAGCUACUUUUUGGUUUUUUCUGAUUAUCUAACUAUUGUAUAUACAAAUAAAAACUAAUUGAUGGCAAACAAUACUUUAAUUUAUGACUUCAGUCAAUACUUUUAGAAAGAUGAUAAUUUAACAUUUGUAGAUUUAAUAUUGGCUGAUGGAAAACAGAAUUGUUUUGCUGUUUCUUUUAAUAGUUAUUUUUUUAUUUAUUAUUACAGCACAUCAGUUAACGAUUAAACUAUCAAUCUCGCCUUUUAUCAAAUUUAUUCAUCCAUCAAUAACUUAGAUAACGGAUUUAUCAUCGAUAAGCUGCUUAUGUUUUAAAAUACUGUUUACUUUACAAUAUCAUAUAAUAGGGUUUGUGUUGCUUAUUCUUUACCUACAUAAAUUAUAAAUAGCCCAAAGGCAUUAUAGGGAUUAGACCCAAAUAUUAUUUAUUCUACUAAAGUUUCGCAUUUAGAAUAUUUAAAUUUUACUAACAAAUUUUACCAAUCGUUACAGAAAUCAUUAUUAAUAGCACCAUGCAGUGAUAAAAAUAAGAAAAUUUUCGUUAACAAUUAUGUAAGCAUUUUGUUCUGCAAAUACUCAAUGAAUGUUUACUUAAAAAAUAAUAAUAUGUUUGUAUUUAGCUAAGUUUAUCAAAUGUUUGGGUUAAUUGAAAUAUUCAACAUUCAAAAUACAAACUUACUGAUUUUGCGAUCUAACGAUGAAAUGCAUGUUCUUCUAUAUUCUAUUCCAGAUUAAACAUUGAUUUUACAAAAGAUAAUUGAGUAAAAUACUGAUAAAAUUGUUUAACUUAACUUGAUAGAUGGUAUUCAGAAAGGAAAUGGAAAAAAUUAAAUAACACCAAACUCUGUAAUAAAUGUCUAAGCAAUACUUUAAUAUGAUGUUAUUUCUUUUCAGAUAGUACUGUCAUUAUACUAUGAUUAAUAAGGCUCUUACUUAAAUAUUAUGAGUAAUACGGUUAAUUCGCUUACUUGCUAUUAAAAUUAUGAUACAGGUAUGUCAACUGAUAUUGUAAGCAAUUAGAUUUAAGAAACUUACAACAAUUUAAACUAUAUAGGCUAAUUUUAUUAAAUAUCUUCAAUAUUUUUAAAACUUCCAACUUCAGGAUAAUAACAGAUUAAAAAGUAAAAACUAGAUCAAAUAAUAAAUUAAACUCUAGAUUAUAAUAAAUUUAGUAAUGAAUUUACUUUUUAUUCACCCAAUUUAGAAGAUACUUAAACAUAGUCAUUACAAAGAUUCUUUAAUUACAACAUAUCAUCUCUAAAAAUGAAAAACAUCCCAAUUAACUUAUCAAAUAAAACAGAGAUAAAAUCUCAAUUUAUAAUUGAUUCUCUCAUAAUGGAACAAUUAUACAUUAAACAUAUUUUAAAUUUUAGUAAAGUCAGUUUAAGUAACAUGUCCACUUUAAUAAUCACAGACAUGACAAUUGAAAAUUUGAAAUUCAUUACAAAUUAAUUGUUUUUAUUCUAAAACAUAACCACAAUACUUCUUAAGAAUAUUGUGAUCAGAAAUAUUUCUGGAUUCACAUAGAGUCUCUUCACUAUCAAGGAAACAACAAAAAUAACUAUAGAUGGAUUGUAUAUAGCUGAUAUAAAUCAUUUUGAUUUCAAAUCUAUUUUUAAUAUAAACAAUUCUAUAGAACUAUAAAUGAAUAACAUCACUAUUAGAAAUAUUUCAUCAAAAUCUGAAUAAAGUACUAUAUUUAACACAUCUAUCAUAAAUUAGUAAACUAUCACUGCACUGGAAGCUGAAAAUCUCUUAAACAUAGUGAUACAUUAGUCAGUUAACUAUGAUUAAGAAUAUGAUAUGUUAUAAAUUUUAUAAAAAGAUGUUUUCUCUUACUUUUAACUUAGAAUUAAUAACUGUACAUAAAAUUAUUCUCUUUUUAAUGUUAUGUCGAAUUAAUGCUUAUUUUAUUCUUGCUAAGUCUCAAAUAUUUUAUCUAAAGAUUCUUUAGGUUCUUUUUUGGUGUUUUAAGGAGGUUAAAUUUCUAUAAUUUAAUCUAACUUUACAAACAAUACAGCUAAAGAAGGAGGAUCAAUUUAUUUAUUCAACUCGCAAGUAAACAAUGUUAUAAAAGAUUCAUACUUCACCCACUGUAAAGCAUUAGGUAGAGGAGGCGCAAUUUAUUUAGAUACCACAUUUAUAUAAAUUAAAGACACUUAUUUCACUUCUUGUUCUUCUCUAAUAGGCGGAUCUAUAUUCUACAACUCUUAUCGACCAUAAAUUUUUAUCUAAAACAAGAUCCAAACUUCUUACCCCUUUUAAGGUUUUUCUAAUAAUUCUGCUUAAAUAUAUGGCUAAAAUAUUGGAAGCUACCCUGCAGAAUUUUAUAUAAUUGAUGGGUAAAGUUAAGAAAAUAAUAAAAUUGUGUAAAGUGAUAAUAACUAUUUUUUAGGGAACUUAAGAAGUGGAGAGGUAGUUUCUUUUCAGAUUUAAAUUGUAGAUGAGGAAAAUAAUCCAAUAACAAUCAGAUAAGAUUACUAAACAGCUUAUCCUGCAUUUAUAAACUAAAUGAUUUUAGAAUUUAGCAUCAAAAUUUAAAUUGCAAACCCAGUAAAUAAUGAUAUUGAAAUUAGUGAUCAAACUUAUGCAGAUAUUUCUAAUUAUGUUCAUCAAACUAAAACUUGGAGUUUUACUAAUUUAAAGAUAACCUCAAGCACAGAUUAUUAAAGUAGCCAAAAAAUAGGUGUCAUUCAAAUUGUUUGUUAUGGGGUGAAAAAAAAUAAUGAUCUCGGUAAGCUUUUAGACUAAGAUUACUCAAAAAAUUUAUCAAUAAGCUUUAGAUAGUGUAAGAAAGGAGAGGUGCUUAAUGCAAGAAAUGGUAUUUCAGAAUGUAUACCUUGCCCUAAUGGAUUUUUUUCAAUGGAUUAACCUGUUGCAAGUUAAUUUAUCGAAUGCAAACCUUGUCCAUAAGAAGCCUAUGAAUGUGAAAAAGAUUAAAUUUAUUUAAAGCAAGGCUAUUGGAGAAAUAAUAAUUCACUUAACAUUUAUUAUUGCAAUAAUAGGCCAGAAAAUUGUGAAGGAUCUCUAAAAGGAAAUAGAAAUUAUUGCAGUGAAGGAUUUGUAGGUGCUUUGUGUGAAAGUUGUGACAGUUAUGGAUCAGUAUGGGGUUAAAAGUAUAUGAAAAUGGGAUAAUUUAACUGUGUCCCUUGUGUUGAUGCUAAAAGCUACUAUUUUAUCUUUCCUAUUAUAAUCUUUUUGAUUUUGAUAGUCUUUUAUGUGGUAUUUUCUAUAAAUAAUGCAAUUAAAAUAAGCAAAUAAUUGUCCUAAGCUUACUAUUUCAAAAAGAUUGGGAUCUUUAAUUUAGGCAGAAGCUCUUUAAGAAUUUUAUCACCAUUUUUGGCUAAAUAGCUCAUGCACUUUUUAUAAAUAUCUGGAUUAAUUAAUUCAUACAAAUUGGCUCUUCCUUCCUUUUUUGUUGUGUUGACAAAUGUUAUCUCUUAGCCAAUUACAAAUUUUCAGUAUGUUCUAGAUUGCUUUUUUGUUCCAGAUUAGCAUUCAUAAUUGUAAAGUGACGGAGACUCUAGUGCACAUUAAACAACAAAUACAACUAUCCCUUUAGUUUUUAUGAGAGCUAUUUGGAAUUUAUGUAUUCCUUUUAUCAUACUGUUAUUGGUUUCUAUUGUAUACUCUAUUCUAUUUUGUAUAAAAGCUGUUUAAUAUAAACACUUUUAUGCUUACAAUGGAGUCUUUUUUUUAAUGAUCUUUUUGUAGCCAAAUAUAGUAUCAAGCCUUAUCUCUGUUGUUUCUUGUAAGACAAUAGAUGGAAUUUCUUAUAUAAAAAGUGAUAGCAACUAUCAAUGCUACACAUAUGAGCAUGUUAAAUAUAGUCUUUUAAUAUUACUUCCUACUCUAAUCCUUUGGGCAUUCAUUAUUCCUCUAUUUAUUCUUUCUAGACUAAUUAUAUAGAGAAAUAAUUUGGAAAGUAUAUCAACUAGAUUAAAAUUUGGUUUUCUCUACCAGGAAUUUAAAAGUAAAUAUUUCUAUUGGGAAUUCAUCAAGUCUUACAAAAAAAUACUGCUUGUAAUUAUUUAUAAUUUUGGAUAAGAUUUCUUUUACUUAAAAUCUUGCUUGAUGCUUCUAGUUUUAUUUAUCUACUACUUAAGUAUUCUAAAGAGGAGUCCAUAUUAAUUAAAUAGCUUUAACAAAACUGAUUAGAACCUAAUUAUUUGCAUGCUAUUUAUUUUAAUAAUGAAUAUUAUUUUACAAGACACGAAUAUAUAUUGGAUAACAGUGACAGGAGAAUUUUUUACUGCUCUAUUCACUAUAUUUAUAAUAUGUUUUCUUAUCAUUUAAAUCCUUUAUUAAAAAAUCUAUUCUAUAAUACCCCAUAAAAUUUAUUCAAUUUAAAUGUUUUUAAAAGCAAAACUGCCCUUAAUCUUAUUUUGGGUCUAACCAAAAAAACCUCUAAAUGCUAUGAGAGCCUUUAAAAAUUGGAAAAAAGUAAAGAAUAUCCUAUUAACCAAAGGAGUAUUUAAAUAAAAUGAGAGAGAAACUAAUUAGAAUCAGAGGCAAUCUACUUCUUUGGCAAAUUAAAACAAACCAUAAAAUGAUAAUAGCUAAUAAAAUUAAUAAGUAUAAAUUAUAAAAUAAAUUUAGUAAAUUUAAGCAUUCACUCCUAAAAAUAAUCAAUAGAAAUAAAAGAAAGGUUCAAAUAAACCUAUUUAAUUAGAAUCAUCCUCUUCAUAAGAGCUUUCUAAUUCUGAUAUAUCCAGUUCUGAAUAAAGCAAAAAUGAAUAAAAAACAACCUAUAAAAAAUAAAAGAAAUAGAAUAAAUAAGGCAAUAUAAAGUAAAUAACAAACAAUGUUUUUAUAUCAGAUUAUCAAGACAUAUACUAAAAUCACUCUAACACAUUAAAUAUUAAUGAUAUUAAUUCUUAAAACUAAUUCCAUUUUGCUUCAAGUAAUCAAUUAUCUACUUCCAACAAUUUUCAUCAAUAGAAAGGACUUCAAAUGCUAUCGAAUUCAACGGAUAAGGGUCAUUUUAAAAAAAUUAUGAAUGGCGAGUCUAUUGACACUAGCUAAAUAGAUAUGUGCAAACUUUUAAACGUUUACCCUUCAAUUUUGAAUCAUAGAUAAGAUCUGGUUGAAGCAAGUUAAAUUUCUCAUAUUAAUUUUGAAUAAAAUAAUUCACCAUCCCUGAUAAAUUCAAAUACUGAUCUCAAUAAUAAAACAAUUCAAAGAAGUUACUUUUAAAAAAAUAUAAAUCUAGACAAACAAGAGUAGAAUUAAGAAUAAAAUACUUAGGUUAAAAGUGAAGAUAGUAAUAAUUAAUAAAAUUAAACAACUGCCUAAAAUAAAAUAAACGAUAACAAUGAUAAUAACAAUUUAAUAGUAUUUGAUGAAAGCGAAUGA